AUGGAUUUGGUAUUGCUACUUAAUAUCAAUGAUUAUUCUGACUAUUAUCUCACUAAUUAUUACAGGCAGAGUAGAAAUACCGCUAUUAAACUAGGACUAGCCGGUCGUUUAUUGGUUUUAAGUUGUGUAUAUUUAAUUUCAUUAUUAAUAUCAUUAUUAUCAGCAUUGAUGAAAUAUCUUAGUAAAAAAACUGGCGGAUGGUCUAUUGUCGCAGAUUUUUCCAGUUGUUUAAUUGGAACAAUGAUUUUUCUAAUAUUUGGAACAACUAAAUCUGCAGCAGUAUUUUUACCAUGUUGUUACUAUGUACCACCAAACGUCCUACGUUCUCAAGAACAAUCAGGAAUAAGUCGUGAUGAAGUUAAUCCUUCAUUUCAACUCCAAAUAAUAGGAGAAGAUAGUAAUCAACUGCAACUUCCCUCAAGAUCUCUUAGGAAUCAUCUAGAAACAAAUGAUAUAGCUGAUAUGAAUAUACUUAUACCUGACAGUCCUGGUGGUGGAUCAAGUUUUUUGACUUCUUCGAGUCUGAAUACGGCGUUAGAAGAUAUUCCACCUGUGCCUAGCUCUCCACCACCAUUACCCUCACCUACAAUACCUUUACAAACGAGAGAUGAUUUUAGAAUACAUGAAUUACAACGAGACGGCUAUUCAAAUUCUGGUCAAUUUAAUGUUGACUGGUAA